GCAAACUGUGCCCAGCCGUCAAGAUAGCCGCGGACUCUAAGCUGUUGUGCGGCUGGGGCGGCUACGCGUUGGAGGGAUGCGUGGACACGCUGCUCCGGCCGCCGCAGCCGCAGGCCAGCCAGCUGGGGACGGUGUAUGCGACGAAGAGGAGGCGGCGGAAUGGAAAGAGUAUCAAGCCCCCUUCAAAAGAUGGCGUGACGAAGAGUAACCCCUCGAAGCGACACCGCGAGCGCCUGAACGCAGAGCUGGACACGCUGGCGUCGCUGCUGCCUUUCGAGCAGAACAUCCUCAGCAAGCUGGACCGCCUCUCCAUCCUGCGGCUGUCCGUCAGCUACCUAAGGACUAAAAGUUAUUUUCAAGUUGUGAUGCACAAAGACAAGGAGGAGCUGCACGGGCACAGGCGCGAGCACUCCGCCUACGACCAUGUCAUGCCCGACGGAGAAAUGUUCCUACAGGCGCUGAACGGCUUCCUGAUGAUCCUCACAUGCGAAGGCGAGGUGUUCUUCGCAACCCACAGCAUAGAGAGCUACCUCGGGUUCCACCAGUCAGACAUAGUACACCAGUCGGUCUACGAGCUAGUCCACUCUGAGGACCGAGAAGAGCUGCAGCGGCAGCUGCUGUGGAACUCUUUCCUACCUCCUGAAGUUAGCAAUCUUACGCUCCAAGAUGUUUUGAGGCCUGAGAGAGCGCAUCUGCUCGAGAGAAGCUUCACUGUACGAUUUAGGUGCCUGCUAGACAAUACUUCGGGGUUCUUGAGGUUAGAUAUCCGGGGCCGAGUCAAGAUCCUACACGGGCAGAAUAAAAAGACGGAAGAGCCUCCGCUAGCGUUGUUUGCAAUAUGUGCCCCCUUUGGACCACCAAGCUUACUGGAAAUUCCUCAGAAGGAGGUCAUGUUCAAGAGCAAGCACAAACUAGAUCUUUCGCUCGUGUCUAUGGACCAAAGGGGUAAGAUGCUUCUAGGGUACACGGACGCAGAACUGGGGAACAUGGGGGGUUACGACUUAGUACAUUACGAUGAUCUAGCCUAUGUGGCCAGCGCUCAUCAAGAAUUAUUAAAAACGGGUGCUUCCGGCAUGAUCGCGUAUCGCUUCCAGACCAAAGAAGGGCAGUGGCAGUGGCUGCAGACCUCAUCGCGGCUGGUUUACAAAAACUCCAAGCCCGACUUCGUUAUUAGCACACAUAGGCCGUUAAUGGAGGAAGAAGGCCGCGACCUCCUCGGCAAGCGGACCAUGGACUUCAAAGUUAGUUACUUGGACACGGGACUUACAAGUCUGUACUUUUCGGAAACGGAACAGCUUUCAGGCUGCGAGUCUACCGUCACCACCCCUCCCCGAAAUGCACGCCGCUACAAAACACAACUUCGAGACUUCCUUUCCACCUGUCGGAAUAAAAGACGGGUGCCUUCCACACCGGCUCCGCCUCCUGUAGACUAUCUAGCCGCUGAUGCCGUCGCAGCAGCGUAUACUAACCUAAACGGAGCCUACACCGCACCGUACGGAGAAUACCCUCCAGCUCCCGCCUUACAUUAUGCCCCGCCGCCUUUGGAUGAUAGGUUCCUCACGGCCGACAAUAUCUUCCAUCAAUAUAAACCACUAUCGUACCAUUACACUCCUUACACGCCUAAUGGCUUCCUAGAACCGGCGCCGCCACCCGGAUACGACGUGGCGCCGACGUACCAUAGGCCCCCCUCUAGAGAAUACACAUACGUGGAUACUAGCGGAAGGUACAUGAGUCCUGUAACGGGGCAAGAAAGGAGAUCCCCUAGUAUUGUGCCCGGGCCGAGUCCUGGUGGGUCCAGCGGGUCUGCGGAACAUGAACGAAUGCAGCAAACGCAGCCAGCAGAGGUGCCCAGACAGACUGUCCUCAUGUGGGGCGCUGGCGGGACGGCUCAAGAAGUACCAGUGGAGUACUCCCCUCCCCAGGUUUGGCGCUACCACCCAUCACAUUAUCACACCGCUGAAGCGACACAAUGAUUUUUAGUAGCCUUUUUUGCGUGCAAUUGUUUUGUUUUAAGUAGAUUAUGGGAUUUGAUGAAACUAUCGGAUAACUUUUGCACCUACGAUUGUAAAAAAAAAAAUCGUAUACACCUGUACCACCUGGGCCGUAUUGCAUAAUAAAAUAAAAGCUAUUAGUGAUUUUACAUACAUAAACAAAAAUAGUAUUAGCUUGUAUUUUAUAUGCAAUAGGCCCCUGUAUAUUAUAAAAAAAUAUGAAGACAGUGUUCUAAUUCACUAACAAAUAAAAUUAAAAUAUCUGUCAUAAUACAAUCAUAAAAUAGGUACCAACAACGUUUCGUAAAAAUAUAAAGCUCAACGUGGAAACUGAAUGAAACUGAUAUAAAUUAGCAGUACCUAAUCAUUUGUACCAUCAUCAAAGUUUAGCAAUCACUAUGAUUGGUAAAUUAAUUUUAGGGUAAAGGUAAUUUUGACGACAGUUCCAUCAAAUUCGUGUCUUCAAAGUUUUGUUGCGUGACUUCGUUAAUGAAAUAAUUAACUAGAUUGUUUACUUUUAACAAUAUUACUAUCAUUACGAAACUUCCUUAUCACGCGUCAAAACAACUUGUUACCAGGAGUUUAUUUCCUUAAAUCUUAUACCUCGCUCAGUCCAGUCUUAGUUUCUUUACUAAGACUUAGUCCAAAGAUCGUAAGACCAAGUUUCUUACGUUUUUUCGACUUGCUGUAUUUUUUGUAAUGGAUAUUCUAGACAAAAAUUUGACAUCGGCUACAAGCAAAAAGCAUUGCCUACUCAUGUGUUCCUUUUCAAUUUUCCUAUAGCUUAUAACUAAUUAAAUAUUAAAACCAUAGACCGUUCAAUUCAACUGAACGUAACUUCUAGUAGGUAAUAAAACUCAUAAUAGUGUUAUAAAGCGAAAUAUGACCUUGAUCGACAUCGGAAUCAUCUUGCAUCUGUUUUUACGGAAUGAUUGAUUAUCUUUAAAUUGUAGUUUGACGCCUGGGGUCUUUGAUUUUAAACAAUCCAAGUUAAGAAUAGUCUAUACAUAUAAGUAAUUAUUUUUGAAAUGUCUAUUUUUGUCUAGAGGUAUCCAAAGACAUGACCUUUGCAUUGAUUAUAGGCCAUGUCAGAUACAGGGUCCUUCCAUUUUCUUCAAUGUAGAUAAAUAUCUUGUAAAAAUUAAAAUGUUCUUCUAUGCGAGAAUUAUGAAAUAUAGUCCAUUUUGUAGUUAGGUUUUAAUUUAAUAUCAUGCAAUGAGAGUUUUAGCAAUAAAUUGUAAAUAUUUAUAUUAAAUAGUAAUAAAAUGCUUGGGCUUUGUAUUGAAAUAUAGCUUAGCUCGCGAUUAAUAAAAAUUGAGCAUUUUUAAAUGUAUGGUAUAAAAAUUGAAAGGAUUAAUAGAAAAAGAUUCCUUUCAAAAUAUCUGCUGAUGUUUGGUAUAUGCUGCUGCUGAUAUCUGCUGAUGGCAGUGCAGUCAAAUACAAAAUUAGAAGUUAAGGGCUUUACUCCAUGAUUAUUUAUUAUAAAAUUGAAGGAAAAACAACCUAGAAUUAUACAUAUCAAUUUAAAAUAAGCACCGUUGUAUUAUCAUAAAAAUUCCGAUAAAAACUUUUUAAGAUUUUCGUUAAGUACCUUCAUUGGGUUUUAUUUUUCGAGUGUUAUGCGCCACACAAAAUUUUAAAUUGACGAAUCUACUUUUUCCAAGUCUACUUAUAGUCGGCACACUGUAAGAAUUUCCAUUUCACAGUUAAAUCCUAAUAUAUGAAGAUAAUUAUUAAAAAUUAACCAUAGUGUAUAUCCUUGAUAUAGUUUUGUUUUAGCCAUGAACUUUUACUUUAAACUCUAAUCACUACACCUUAGAAAAUAAAGUCCCCCGCUGCGUCUGUCUGUGUGUAUGUAUGUUCCCGAUAAACUCGAAAACUACUGAGUAGAUUUUCAUGCGGUUUUCACCUAUCAAUAGAGUGAUUCUUGAGGAAGGUUGAGGUGUAUGAUUUAUUAAGGUUUUGUGUAAUCCGUGCGCAGCCGGGGCGGGUCGCUAGUUAACUAUACAUCACAGAAUGUUUCCUUUUAUGGUUUUAAGUAAAUGUAUUAGAUGUAAUAACUGACAAAUAAAAUAAAAAUGGUUUUGAUUAUCAGUUAAACGGUAGGUCUUAGCUUCAUAAAUAAAAGGGUAAAUUCAUAACUAUCAAAUGUCAUUUCUUACAUUGCGCCGACUAUACUUACCUACUUGGCAAAUAUAAGUAGAUUGAUUGAGUAAGAUGUGUAAAAUCUAAGACAAUUUCGUGCUUCGAAUUUAACAGGUAAACGAGAUGGCGCUGUACAGUUCCAUACAUUUUGCGUUAACGUUGAUUCUCAAAACUAGUCGUUUAACAAUUCAGUGACCACAAAACAUAUGGCGCAGUACAGCGACCGAUGGCAGUUUUAAUUAUUUUUAUUAAACAAUCAGUAACAAAUCUUGCUAUAACCUUGGCCUGACUGGACUUGGUAGCAAAAAACGAGCUUGUAUGCUGUUGGAAUGAGUUUGUCACGCGUAGUGUCGCUGACCCAGCACUACCACUGCCUUGCCAACGUCAUUUUGUAUCAGCACCUAUGUACAUACACUUUGCGUGCCUUUUUCUCUUCCAAUUUAUUAAUCGUACUUUUAUUGUGCUACAGUGAUCGGAUUGGCAAGGCAGCGACUCCACCGACAACUAAGAAUAAGUUAGUCUAAAAUUCGUAUAUUACGAAAAACACUUGACAUGCGAUAGUCAAACAUUUAGAAUUUUGGAGCUUUAGCUGCAUACUUGUUUAUCGAUUAUUUUAAUAAUAAUUGACAACAUUUCUUGUAUCUAAAGCCAACGCAUUUAAAUCGGUAUUUUGUAUUUGAUACUUAAUUAUCGCUUUCCAGAAAUCAUCUUUAACCUGACUAGUGUAUUUCGUAAUGUACACAGAACUCUCUCUUCUUACUUACGAGUAUUACGAGUAAGGUAUAUUCUCUGAAAAUUCAAAUAUUGAUAAAAACGGGUUUCAUUAUUUUUGUACUAUUUGAGCCAAUGAAAUAACAAACAAUUAUUCCAAUCUCUAAUUUAAUUUAUUAUAGAUAAGCUCAUAAGUGUGGCGCAACAUGAAAUGAAAAGAUGUGAAAAUAACCUUACGCACGCAGACUUGAUGGAUGAAGUUGCUGUGACUUCUAAGUAAGAUAUCUAAAUAGACCUUCUUUUAAAUAGACGAUCUUGCGUACCAGAGUAACCAACCUUACUUUCUUUUUAGGUGAUACAAGAUAUAUAUACAUAUACGCGAUUCAUUUUUAUGAUUAUUUUUUACUAAGUACUUACCUCUAACAGCAAAUAAUGAGUACAUUCGCGUACAAUGGUGUUAUUUUUAACUCCGUUAACUUCGGGGUAUGGCUAAAUACAUUUAAGGGAAAUUGAAUGGCAUAGUAUUCUUUUUUCGUAAAAUGUAAUUAAUAGUGUUGUUGUAACACGGAAAUUAUAUUUAAAAUCCACCAAGCAAUAGGACACUAUGACAUAUCAAUGACAUUUAGAAUAUCGAUCGUCCGAGAUAGUAGCAAAUGUAUAAACUCAUACUGAACGCUAAUCAAUAUGUAAACAGGCCCUAAGAUGUACACGCUCGUUGGCACUGUAUUAAAUAAAAAUAAAUCAUUAAUUGAAUAAAUGGAAUUAAUUAGAAUAGGAAUUCUUUGAGGAAGUUACUUAAUUUAAGCUUAGGAAUGCACCCGUGAAAUUAAGGGACUUUCAAAAAAAUACCAUGUAUAUACAUGAGGUAUCACCUAAAAAAAUCUCCUGUAUUUGUAGGAAUAAAAUAUCUCACUUGGUCUUUUUCAGAGGUUCUACAAGUAUACGGGAAGAAACAAAGAUAUAACAAAAAAUAAAUCCACCAAUUAUUAAUUUAGUAUUUGGGAAAAAGAAACAAAAUGUUUUCUUAAUUUUUCAACACACUUGCUCAAAACGACGUUUUUAUUCCACCGAUUUUUGGCUCAUAAUCCUAGAUAUUAAACACGCGUGCUUUUUCAGUAUAUUAUAACACUUGGGCUUUUUCAUUAUAUUAUCCAACUGAGUUAAGAAGGUAACUGGUUGCAAAAUUAUCUCGUAAAUUACAUUAAUGAAUAAACAUAACAAUUUAUCGAUUUGAUCUCCAUCCGUCGAAUAGAAAUACGAAAAUAUCAGCUUUUUUACAUUUGUUUUAUUGGCUGUUUGUCGAUUUCGUUCGCGCCUUUGCCUUGCGCGCGCAUUGGAAUCGUGCGUAAAAAAAAUAACGCGCCAGCCAUUUUUCGUAUUUGUCUUAAAAUUGGAAUAGUUUUGCAUGUUUUUAGUUUAUAUAUUGACGGAAAUGUCAUUUUUAAGCAUUGAAAAUGAAGAACACAUAAAAUUGACGCUGCCAGUAAUACUAAUAGAGGCAAGAGCCGAGAACGAUAGCCUGUUACCAUCAAAAUCGGGUGAAAAAUAAUUGGCAGCAUAUGAAACUUUUGUUCAAUGGAAAAUCAGCAAAAACGCCGUCUUUCUUGGAAGUGCCUACAAGCCCAGCUCGCUUUGGUGCAAUUAUUCGAUGUUACUGUAAGCCACCAUUUUGAAAAUUGUAGGUACUUUUACUGUUUUGGCAAAACAAAUCGAGUUUAUAAAUUUUGUUUUUUCCUCGCAAGUGUGUUGAAAAACGUCGUAUGAGACGCGUGUGCUAUGGUCAUUACACACAUCGGCUUUCUUAUUGCACAAUAUCGCCUCGUGUGUAAAGACCAACUUAGCACACUUGUAUCAUAAUGUACUAUUACGUAUCUUGAUGCACAAAGCAAAAACGUUCAUGCUGCAUAAUGUUUUGGAAAUGGAUAAAAAUAAACUGUUUUUUACAGAUACUAUUAAAUUUAAACCUCAGUAACAGUAAGGUUGCCGUUAUUCUAAACGAAAAUAUUGUUCCCUUUGCUAUACAUAAGUAUAGGUAAUUAGGUACCUAUUUACUUGAGUUUAUCCGAAACCCGUUGCCCUGAACUUAAACAAAAAAAUUAAUUUGUAAACGUGGAAGUAAGCAAUAUGAGUAAUUGUGUUCAAACAUAUGUAAUCAUAAAAGGCUACACCAAUCUCAUUCCCCUGGCUAAUACCUAUUCGCAAAUUCCCAGAAGAUUCUCAGCAGUUAUGGUUGUAGAUGGAACUUGGUACGGGUUAUUCUAUACAGUCACCAAAUAUGAGAUGCUAAUAAAGCGGCAUCUCCUGGGAAUUUGCGAAUCAGUAUGGCCAGGGGGAUGAGAUUUUGUAGUAUGACCCAAAACACUUUAAAUCAUAGUAACAUAAAAUAUGCUCUAAUUUAUUGAUUAAAUUGUAAAUAAAUAUUUAGUUCUACGCUUAACUAUGUAACAUUAAUUAUUCAUAAUUAUUUAAAUGAACAUAAUAAUGAAAAUAUCCAAACAGUUUCUGUAUUUAUUUUAGCAUAGAAUACCUACAUUAUAAUGUAAUUAAAAGAAAAUUAAAUAAAAUUUUUCAUGCCACACAUGACUUUGUUUUGUUUUUUUUUUUGCUAAGGACAUUUUGAGAUGCCGUGGUGGGAGUAGACCGGCUGAGCAAAGGUAAAGCGGAAUAAGCGUCUUACAAGAUUAUUAUGUAUUUACCUACUUCUGAAAGUUUUAAAUUGAUUUUAAUUUAACCACAAAAGGUAGUAAAGAUUCUCGUUGUUCUUCAAAAACUGAUGAGAAAUACUACAAUAUUUUUUUCUAAAAAGCGAAACCUAUAAACCAAGAAUAUGUUAUGCUGAAGCGAUCGACAUCAAAACUAAAGUGAUUUUCAUAGAAAAAAUACCGAAAACUACAAACAAGUGUUUUCGUAUAAUUCACUGUAUAAUUUGUUAGAUAUGCCGAAUAUGAAUAUCAUAUUUUCAUAUAGACAUUAAUUUGACAUCACCACACUUUGUACAUUAUAAAUGCCAAGCUUAAUCCGACUAUCUA